CCGCAUUACGUCAUGGUCAGGUGAUUGACGAGGAAGUAAACAACUCCGAAGACAGUAGACAUCUCGACGGGGAAAGGUCCAGCUGUCCAGAUGACAUCCCUUAUCUGCACUUUACAACACCAUCAAGACGAUGUCAACUGGUGCGCCUUCUCGGCCAAGCUGUUAGCCACAUGUUCUGGGGACAAAACCCUCAGGAUAUACGACGCCCGUGAUUUCUCCGAGCUGCCUUUUUCGCCGCUGACAGGUCACGGCUACAGUGUCCACUGCUGCUGCUUCAGCACCUGUAGUCAGUUCCUCGCUUCGUGCUCCACAGAUGCGACCACGGUGAUCUGGUCAAUGGUCUCGGGUGAGAUCGAGGCUGUGCUGGAGCAUCCUGGCCGUAGCCCCGUCAGGAUCUGCGCUUUCUCUCCUGACUCUCUCCACUUGGUUUCUGGUGCAUCUGAUGGCACUUUGGCUCUUUGGGAUUUUCCCUCCAGACAGCUGCGAAGGACCGGGGCAGUGAAUGACACAACAAUGGUAGCCUGCUCCUUUAGCCCCUGCAGUCAGAUGUUUAUGACUGGCUCCACAUACGGAGACCUGCGUUUGUGGGACCUGCGCAUGAACCAGCUCCACGCAGAGAAGAACGCCCACGACCUGGGCGUCUCCUGCUGUACCUUCGCUCCGAGCAUCCUCAGCGGGGGUCAAGUUGUGCAGUUUCGUGUGGCGUCUUGUGGACAGGACAGCCUGCUGAAGAUAUGGGCCAUAAACAAGUUGAGCUCUGGAGCGUAUAAGAUGAAGCUCCUGCACACAUUAACUGGCCAAUCAGCUCCCGUCCUUUCCUGUGCGUACUCCUCAGAUGGGCAGCUACUUGUGUCUGGCUCUGUGGACAAAACAGUCACAAUUUAUGAUGCUGAGAAUGCAGUUUUGCUUUACAGGCUGAAACAGCACGAAAGGUACGUGACGGCGUGCGCCUUCUCUCCGACCUCACCGCUUAUUGCUACAGGAUCUAUGGAUAAGACCAUAAACAUCUGGAGGCUGGAGGAUGGUUGCGGUGGAAACGGCGGGAAGCUGUUGCCUGAAGAAUCUGCUCAGACUUCAAUCAAAGGGAGAGCCUCGGGAGGCCGAUCGAAGCUGCUGGUCAGCGAUUGGUCGGAGGACGAUGUGUCAGAGUGGCUGCUGGAGGAAGGCCUCGAGGGAUUGGUGGACAGAUUUAAGGCCAAUAACAUAGAUGGGACAGAGCUGCUCAGCCUCACCAAGGAAACACUGGCGUCAGAGCUGCACGUCGAGUCAGUCGGCCUGCGCAGUAAACUCCUGAGGAAGGUGGAGGAGCUGAAGAGUGAUUCAGUGUGUCUAGGCAUUCCCGAUGAGUUCCUGUGUCCAAUCACCAGAGAACUGAUGAAGGAGCCGGUUAUUGCUGCUGAUGGCUACUCAUAUGAAAAAGAGGCCAUUGAGAGCUGGAUUAAUACCAAAAACCGCUCCAGCCCCAUGACCAACCUCCCCUUGCUGACGACUCUGCUCACCCCUAACCACACCCUGAAGAUGGCUAUUGGUCGCUGGAAGACCAGCCAAUAGACAUCUGUGGAUCUGAGCUGGCGUGCUAAUGAUUUUUCACUGAAGUGUAGAGAAGCAGAAUGCAGUGCUCAGAUAAAUGCCCACAGCACCGUUUCAGGAAAAGGUGUGCAUGAUAGUUAGCCAGAUUUUAAACGACCAACCCGAAUCAACAAUCAGCUGCCUGCUAUCACACAGAGGGGGGGAAAAGACCAGCAUGAGUAUCCAGAGUUUUCAAGAAUGCACUUAGCUAUUCACUCAAAUUCAACUGGCUUUGGCUGCAGCAAAUAUGUCACUUUUAGGCUGGAUCAUGUUUUCAAUUUCCUCAUAUUUGGUCCUUCCUGUGAAAUCCCUGUUUUGAUUUUUGAUCAGUGAAGAAUGAGGAAAACUAUUUGCCUGCAUUGCUUUUAAUGAUUCCCCUAACCUCACUUUACAAAUAGGUGACUAUUUUGUUAUUAUGUGAAACUGAUUAGCAUUAUAUAUUUAUAUAUAUAUAUAUAUAUAUAUAUAUAUACAUACAUAUAUAUAUACA